CUGUUAGCAACUUGUGGCUAGCUCGCUACCAAGGAAGGCACUGCUCCGAGAUUCAUUCUUCAGACACCACCCCGAGUCAAAAGACUGUCCGCCCGCACAUAAUUCGGUCAGUGAAGUCCAGAUGCAUGAGUCUGGGUCAGAACCAACAAGCCACACCAUUCCAGCAAGUCAGACAGAGAACGGGAAUAAUACUGAGAAUGAGAGUCGACUGAGGAGCAGCCAGACUCCUCCUCCAGAGGCUCCCAGGGUUCCAGUGUCGUUGUCGAUGAUGACCCCACCAGCAGAGGCCCCACAGCAGCUGCAGCAGACAUCACAACAGCAGAUCCUCAGUCCCCAGCAGCUCCAAGCCCUCCUCCAGCAGCAGAAAGCACUCAUGUUACACCAGCAACAAAUUCAAGAGGUCUUCAAGAAUCAGCAAGAGCAGCUAAAUAUGCAGCUGCUGCAACAGAAGAAUGCUGGGAUUGUUAGUCAAGAGCUGACAGCCCAGCAGAUUGCCAUUCAGCAGCAGCUCCUCCAGGUGCAGCAGCAACAUCUCCUCACCCUGCAGAGACAAGGGCUGCUGUCUGUCCUUCCCACCAGCCCCAUUACAGCCCCAGGCUGUGAGAAUGGUAGCAUCCUGUCCGCUGGUGGAGACACCAGAGAGUCUUCCAUUCAACAGUCUGCCACCAACGGUCAUCACACUCUUCUGAAGAGGAAAGAAAGUGUGUCACUGGAUGAAAGCUCACAGAAUAGCCAUCCUCUGUAUGGAAAUGGCAUGUGUAAGUGGCCCGGCUGUGAGACCGUCUUUGGAGACUUUCAGGCGUUUCUCAAACAUUUGAACAGUGAACAUACACUGGAUGACAAGAGCACAGCGCAGUGUCGAGUUCAGAUGCAAGUGGUUCAGCAGUUGGAACUGCAGUUGAAGAAGGACAAAGAACGACUGCAGGCUAUGAUGGCUCAUCUCAAGUCCUCUGAACCCAAACCCGCAGCACAGCCUGUCAAUCUGGUGUCUAAUGUAUCCUUCUCCCAGGCAACAUUGCCCAAAGGCCCUCCUCCUAUGAGCGUGUCUCAGAGUGCCACGGCACCAUCCACACCCCUGACGCCGCUCUCUGAAUCCCCUUCAGUCCUCACUCCCAAUAGCAUGUUCACUGGAACCCCUGUACGGAGGCGAUAUAGCCGCUCAGUGAGCCAAGAUAUAGUUGAUAAUAAGGAGUUCUACUUGAGCACAGAAGUUAGACCCCCAUUUACAUAUGCUUCUCUCAUAAGACAGGCUAUAUUUGAAUCACCUCGCAAUCAGCUGACAUUAAAUGAAAUCUACAACUGGUUCACAAGAAACUUUGCAUAUUUCAGGCGCAAUGCAGCCACUUGGAAGAAUGCCGUCAGACAUAAUCUCAGCCUCCAUAAGUGCUUUGUACGUUUGGAAAACGUAAAGGGAGCUGUGUGGACCGUAGAUGAGAUUGAGUUCCACAGAAGAAGGCCACAGAAGACUGCUGGUAAUGGAUCUCUGCUGAAGAACUCACAGAACCGUCAGAGUUUAGCUGGGUCUGCUCCUCAGAGUGGUGGACCAGACGGCAGCAACUCUCUCUGCAACCCAGCCUCUAUGGGGAGCAUCCCGUUGCACUCCCUGCCCCACAUUCUCCAGGAGCAGAUGAAUGGAGCCCUUGCUAAUGGAUCUGGAUACCAAAGUGACAGCAGUGCAACACAGUCCCCUCCACAAGCUUUCAUUAAAGAGGAGCAGGAGGAUGAGGAGAUAUGUGAAAAUUAUCCCUACGAAUCUCCGGAGAGCACAGACGAGCAUGGCCACAGCCCAGAGAUGAACCAAGAUGAAGACAACGGCAGCCCGGAGAGGCCCAGCCUUCAUUUCGACCGCGUGCCUUCUCUCUGACUAUGAGGUCCAAGUUCUCCGCUGCAAGGCCGCCUCACUCACAGCCUGUGUGACUUUGUGUUCCAAAAGUUUCCACAAACAACUGCUUCAUCCACAUAGCCAAACACUCUCUUCUUGGAGAUUUUUUUUGUAUUUAUCUGCAUUUAUUAUUUUUUUUUGUUGUUAAUCUAGCUCUUGAUUCUUUCUGUACAGUAGAGUGAGAUCACAAAAUUUGUGAAACUGUCUGUUCAUGAUUUUUCUUAUUUUAUUAGCUGUGCACAAAAGGACCAUGAUGAGCAGAGAAGCCAAAGGAAAGGGAACAUUGAUAGUUAGCACUUGAGAAUGAAAAGCCCCCCCCCCGUAUAGCUACUUUAUGCUAUAUUGGGGUCACACUACCUGAUUUUAUUUUAGUAGUCCUGAUGUAUAAAAAUUUGUAGACAAAGUACAAAAAAACAUGUUGCUUUAAAGAUGAAAAUGUUCACUGCCAACAUGAUCUGAUAUAUUUGUAUUUAUGGUAUAAUCAAUUGAUCAAAAAAUAAGUAGCUUCUUUAUACUUGUUGGUCUUUUUCACCCCUUCCACGAGCAUUGUUGAAUUCGCUCUAACUGAGCUUGUAAAAGUAGAUAUAAUAGAUUUACCAUUACUGUAAACCAAUGCAUCUCUAUGAAUAAUAAAUUCCUCCUGAUAAAUGUAUUUGCUGUUUGUGUGUUUGGUGGUAAACCGUCAUCAUUGUUUCACAUGAUGAAAUUAUGGCGGGGUGCAGUUUUUGACUGAAUAACAGCCCUGCGACUCAGUAAUGACUUCUUAAUGGAGGGAAAGCAGGAAAGCAAAUGCUCUGGGUGGCAAACCUUCCACUGUGGUACUGUGGUAUGUCUGCUUUAUAAAUCCUAUAAAUCGGCCUGUGCGCUGUCAGCAAAUGUGGUAUAACAAGUCAUUUACAUUGUUGUUGCUGGACGCAC